ACGGCGCCGGUCGACUGGCGCCAGCAGUCUACGGAAACAUUUGUUGCGUCCAUGGACAGCAUGGGGUAUGACAACGCGCUGAAACACUUGGAAAGAAUAGGCUCGACGUUUGCGAAGGACACCCGAAAACGCUUACGAGGUUUGGAAGACAAGGUCAGCAGAACAGCCUCGUUGGAGCGAGCAAUCGAGCAGGCGCAAAAGCAACGUAGAACCAAGGAGGGAAGCCGCACGUUGCAAACGAUCCUCACCGCUGCGGCCUUUCCUGUCGACGGCGUAGACGAGAGCUUGUCGAGUCAAGAGAAGAGCAGGUUGCGGGAAGUCAAGGUGUUGGGUGCAGUAGCGAGCAGAUGGAAGGGUAAGGGGGCUGGGUUGCAGGAUCCGGUGUCGGGGGAGGAAGACGUGACUUGCAGAAAGGUGAAACGGACGUACAGGCUCAGGAGUCGGCUGGCGUCUUGCUUCUGCUCGGCGUGCCAGCGUUGCGAGUAUGAGCAGUGCGACGUCAGCAAGACGUACCCACGUCUCGUUCCCGCAUUGCAAGAGGGCGAAGUGAAGGAAACGGUGAUCAUGGACACUGGAGUAGCGCCCGUAGAUGAAGAUAACUCCCGGGGGAUCCAGUUCGGGAGUAGGAGGAAGGAAUGCAAGAUGAAGAGAAUCACUGAGACACGCUGGCAAGAAUACGAGUCUGCUGCUGCGUCAAAGAUUUGGGAAGAGCUUGGUAGGAAGGAAGAGCCCCAUAUUGUUGCCCGUUUCGGGCGGUGGGCUGGUUUUUAAGUGAUGCGCUUAUUGUAUUUCUUGUGGAGC